GGGGAGGUCACGUGCCGCUGUUUGGCGCUUUUGUGCGCGCCCGGGUCUGUGGGUGCUCAGAGUGUGGCCAGGCGGCUCGGACCGAGCAGGGUUUUCCUUGAUAGUGGAUUGUGUAGAAUACACUGCCAGUCUCUUGUCUUCUGUUCACCAUGGCUUCUUCUGAUAUCCAGGUGAAGGAACUGGAGAAGCGUGCCUCAGGCCAGGCUUUUGAGCUGAUUCUCAGCCCUCGAUCAAAAGAAUCUGUCCCAGAAUUCCCCCUUUCCCCUCCAAAGAAGAAGGAUCUUUCCCUGGAGGAAAUUCAGAAGAAACUAGAAGCUGCAGAAGAAAGACGCAAGUCCCAUGAAGCUGAGGUCUUGAAGCAGCUUGCUGAGAAACGAGAGCAUGAGAAGGAAGUGCUUCAAAAAGCGAUAGAGGAGAACAACAACUUCAGUAAAAUGGCAGAAGAGAAGCUGACCCACAAAAUGGAAGCCAACAAAGAGAACCGAGAGGCGCAAAUGGCUGCCAAACUGGAGCGUUUGCGAGAGAAGGACAAGCACAUUGAAGAAGUGCGGAAGAACAAAGAAUCCAAAGAUCCUGCUGAUGAGACUGAAGCUGACUAAUUUGUUCUGAGAACUGACUUUCUCCCCCUCCCCUUCCUAAAUAUCCAAAGACUGUACUGGCCAGUGUCAUUUUAUUUUUGCCCUCCUGACAAAUAUUCUAGAAGCUGAUGUAGGACUGUAUAGGUAGAUCCAGACUGUAUGAUGUUGUUUUAGGGGCUAAAGGGGAGAAACUAAAAGUGUUUUACUCUUUUUCUAAAGUGUUGAAGUCUUUCUAAUGUAGCUAUUUUUCUUGUUGCAUCUUUUCUACUUCAGUACACUUGGUGUGCUGGGUUAAUGGCUAGUACUGUAUUGGCUCUGUGAAAACAUGUUUUGUGAAAAGAGUAUGUAGUGGCUUCUUUCAAACUGUUAGAUGCUGAAUAUCUGUUCACUUUUAAAUCCCAAUUCUGUCCCGAUCUUAACAGAUGCUACUGUACUUGAAUGGUUAAUAAAACUGCACAGUGCUGUU